UUAUAUUCACCAAGCUCAGAAGUAAGUAACAAUAUGGCUUCUUUAAGCUUCUUAGUGUUGCUCAUUUUUGCUCUUUUUAGCAUUCCUCAUGGUCUUGCCAACUACUAUAAACCUCCCGAGUAUAAUCCACCGGUUUACAAACCUCCAUAUGAACAUCCACCAAUUUAUAAACCACCUUUUGAAGAGCCUCCGUUCGAACACCCACCAAUUUACAAACCACCAUUUGAGGAGCCUCCUAUUUACAAGCCACCAGUUGAAAAUCCUCCAGUUUACAAACCACCGGUAGAGAAACCACCCGUCUACAAGCCACCAGUCGAAAAGCCUCCUACUUACAAGCCACCGGUAGAAAAACCACCAGUGUAUAAGCCACCAGUUGAAAAACCUCCAGUUUACAAACCACCAAUCGAGAAACCACCUGUGUACAAGCCCCCAGUUGAGAAUCCCCCGGUUUACAAGCCUCCAGUGUACAAGCCUCCAGUUGAAAAGCCCCCUAUUUAUAAACCACCGAUUGAGAAUCCCCCUGUUUAUAAGCCUCCAUUCGAACACCCACCAAUUUACAAACCUCCAUAUGAACAUCCACCAAUUUAUAAACCACCUUUUGAGAAGCCUCCGUUCGAACACCCACCAAUUUACAAACCUCCAUAUGAACACCCACCAAUUUACAAACCACCAUUUCAUGAGCCUCCUACUUACAAGCCGCCUGUGGAAAGACCACCAGUGUACAAACCACCAGUUGAAAAUCCUCCAGUUUACAAACCACCGGUAGAGAAACCACCCGUCUAUAAGCCACCAGUCGAAAAGCCUCCUACUUACAAGCCACCUGUAGAAAAACCACCAGUCUACAAGCCACCAGUUGAAAAACCUCCAGUUUACAAACCACCAAUCGAGAAACCACCUGUGUACAAGCCCCCAGUUGAGAAUCCCCCGAUUUACAAGCCUCCGGUGUACAAGCCUCCAGUUGAAAAGCCCCCUAUUUAUAAACCACCGAUUGAGAAUCCCCCUGUUUAUAAGCCUCCAUUCGAACACCCACCAAUUUACAAACCUCCAUAUGAACACCCACCAAUUUACAAACCUCCAUAUGAACACCCACCAAUUUAUAAACCACCAUUUCAGGAGCCUCCGUUCGAACACCCAUCAAUUUACAAACCUCCAUAUGAACACCCACCAAUUUACAAACCACCAUUUCAGGAGCCUCCUACUUACAAGCCACCUGUGGAAAAACCACCAGUGUAUAAACCACCGGUUGAAAAUCCUCCAGUUUACAAACCACCGGUAGAGAAACCAUCCGUCUACAAGCCACCAGUCGAAAAGCCUCCUACUUACAAGCCACCUGUAGAAAAACCACCAGUGUACAAGCCACCAGUUGGAAAACCUCCAGUUUAUAAACCACCAAUCGAGAAACCACCCGUGUACAAGCCCCCUGUUGAGAAUCCCCCGAUUUACAAGCCUCCAGUUGAAAAACCCCCUAUUUAUAAACCACCGACUGAGAAUCCCCCUGUUUAUAAGCCUCCAUUCGAACACCCACCAAUUUACAAACCUCCAUAUGAACACCCACCAAUUUAUAAACCACCUUUUGAGGAGCCUCCAUUCGAACACCCACCAAUUUACAAACCUCCAUAUGAACACCCACCGAUUUACAAACCACCAUAUGAACACCCACCAAUUUACAAGCCACCAUUUGAAGAGCCACCGGUUUAUAAGCCUCCAUUCGAGAAGCCCCCUCACUACCCAAAAUAUCCUCCUGCAGAUGAUGCUACUCGUUUUUAGUACAUGUUGUUAUAAGUAAAUAUGUAAAAUAAGUGAUACGAAAGUUUUCCAAGCAAGGACUAUAUAUUCUUGAAACCUUCAUUUCAAUCCUUUGUUUGCAAUGCUAUUGCCUAGUGGAUGUACACAAGUGUAUGAUAGAGAAAGAAAUUAAUGGUGCAGUUGUAUUUCAAGUUAUAUGAAUAAGAACAUUAUUAGA